UGUCAGGUAUGUCUUGGCUGGGGCAAAGGACUAAUGUGAAGAGCACACCGCAGCUUUUCAGAAUGUGUUGUGUACUUCUUUUUUGUCCUUCUGUCAUAUUAGAUCCAUUUUAGCCUUACUUUGCUUUAGGUUUUUGUUUUUCUUGCCAGUAGCAAGGAUUCUAUCGAUUUCCUUAUUGAAGGAUCCAGACCUGCAUUCUAGGGACCAACAGAAGCCUGCGUUGCCGUUGUGCCCAUGGGCUGACAUAGCCACCUGACAGGGUACAUGCCUUCCAUCAGCACAGGCAGAUAGGCUUCCACUUAGGUGAGAGACUGAGUAAAAACAGAUUUGCACUCGUACAUGCAUUCAUAAAAGCCAGGACUCGCUCACCAGUGGAGUGCCUGCUGUAAUCCAACACUGAACAAAUAGCUCUCCAGGUGGAAAAGGAAUGCUAAUCACAAUCUGGUAGAAAACAACUCUCCUACAGAACAUCCUCCAAGGUUCAUAAUGAUUGCAAAUCAGUGACAUAAUUAGGCCUCUGAGAUGCCAGACCUUUCAAUUUCUCCUUCCUUGGGUAUAUCUUUUACAUCUCAUUCAAGUAGCUGCUGCCUGUUGUUAGCAGCAUCACCACUGCCAGCCACUGGCAGGAUUUUGCAAUGUUUGUUCUGCUGUGUUCUCUACUUCUUUAUGUGUGGCUUUUCACCCUGUUCCCUGCUGUUUCACAGUUUUUCUUUUUUUUUCCUGCAGAAGAUGUUACCAGCAAUUAGAAACACAGAUUUUUGACUCAGAAUCACAGUUAACCACUUAAUCUAAUCAUCGGCUCCAUGAAGGCAACAAAGUGCGAGGUUAUUUAUAAUGAAAAGAGUGUAAUUACCUAGCUGAUCUCCAUGUUGCAAAGACAAAAGGUGAGCCUCUUAAUCCUGCACACUUGCUUCCUUCCUGAGAUGUCACCUGUACAAAAGAGGGGACUGAUGGCUAUGUAGCUUGCCUUAUGUGUUUGCAAGACGACAUGGUACCUAUCUGCUACUUUCUGUAUUGGCUACUUUCUGUCACAAACCAUUACAAAUAACAGUAAGAGUAGCAAAGUUCAUUUCCAUCUGUUUACUGUGCAGAAAAAUGUCACAGUCAGCAUUUAUGAGAAGGUCUUUGCUUGGAGAUUGCAGGAACAAAGUGCCAAAAUUUACUCCCCUCUGCUGCCAAGGGUCAUCAGCCCUUCCUUAGUUUCUGAUGUCUGAGCUUUCUCUGUUUGUAUUUCUUAUCUUAGUUGCUUUGUGUAUGCUGUUUGUUGGUUUACUGCAGAUGCUGGUGCAGCCAGUGCAGUCAGUUUUGGUACAAAACAGACAGGAGAAACAUGACUAUUGCUAUAAGAAGCUUUUGUGGUAUAUUCAGGGGAUGAAGUUUUGUAAAUUGUGUGUGAACCAUGCUGUCUUUUCACUGAACUUCUGUUUGACCACAAGGUUUCUGAGCACUGGAGGCUUUGAGGAGCAGGUGCUUAACAGCCCUGAAGCAGUGGAAAGAGACCCUGGAUCCUCCUGAGGCAGGAAGGGUAGCAGGGUGUAUGGUGGGUAUGGCACCACUUCUGCCCAAGCAUUUUACAAGUUGUGGCACAGUUGCUGGUGCUCCCAGUCGUGAUACUGGCACCCUGUAGCCUGUGGCUGAGAGUUCAACCAUGACAUCAGUAAAGGUCAUUUGACCUGAGAAGCAUCAGUGUGCUUUGCAGUGCUGCUCUUGAUUGUAGGUCUGUGUGGGUUCUGGUUUGUGUAACCCCUUGAAGCCAUCAAGCCAACUGAAGAAAGCUACUCCCCAUCUGAAGCAGUUGAAACCCUUCAGACACCGUGUUGGAGAGUACUGGGGCAGUUCUGUAUCACACAGUAUGGUGUUCCCUGAAAACAGAUGGAAAAAGAUGAUGUUGAGAAAACCCAUCCUUCUCAAAUCAGCAAAAAGGUGUUUUUAAUCUUGACUUAUUUGUGUCUUUUCCCUCUGAGAUAUUGCACAGGCGUGCACAGAGCGUUCUCACUCUUCACUUGAGUCAGAGGAGCCAGGAAGCUGCGCCCUGAGGCCCAUAUGACAGCUCCGCCUCCCGCUCUCAUGGCCCGGGUCCCGGCACAUUUGCCUCGCUGCGGCGCGGCAGUGGCGGUACAGGCAGAGGAGCGGGGUACAGGCAGAGGAGCCGGGUACAGGCAGCGCUGGUUCCCCAGCAGGGAUCAAGGCUCGGAGCAGGAGGCUGGGAGGUGGCGAUGGAGGUUGUGCAGGGAGCCGCAGGGCGACCGCCGCUGCUGCACUUGGGGGCUGGGGUCGUAGCUCUGCUGUUGACGGUUGUGGCUGUGUGCUCCCUGCCCUCCCUGAUGGAUUACUGGAGGCGGUGGUGGGUGAUGAAGCCGAUCCCGGGUAUCAGUCCCUGCUAUCCAGUGCUGGGAAAUGCUCCACUCUUGGAGCGGGAUGGAGAAGGUUUUUUCAAACAACUGCAAGUUUACGUUGAAGAGUUCAGGAGUUGGCCAUUGUUCAAACUUUGGAUAGGACCAUUGCCUGUCAUGAUUUUAUAUCACCCUGACAGUGUGGAGGUUAUUCUGAGCAGUUCUAAACAUAUAGAAAAAUCGUACCUGUACAAAUUCCUGCAUCCAUGGCUAGGCACUGGACUUCUGACAAGCACCGGAGACAAGUGGCGGUCACGGAGGAAGAUGAUAACUCCCACAUUCCACUUCACAAUCUUAACUGACUUUCUCGAUGUUAUGAAUGAACAAGGAUGUAUUUUAUUGAAGAAACUUGAGAAGCAUGUUGACAAGGAACCAUUUAAUGUCUUCCUAGAUAUCACUCUGUGUGCCCUUGAUAUCAUAUGUGAAACGGCAAUGGGCAGGAAUAUGGGUGCUCAGGAGAAUCAGGAUUCUGAGUAUGUUCGUGCUGUCUACAGGAUGAGUGAUCUGAUUCAUGAGCGACAGAAGAGCCCUUGGCUUUGGCCUGAUCUUGUAUAUAUGCUGUUCAAGGAAGGAAGAGAACAUGAGAGGAACCUCAGGAUCCUUCAUAAUUUUACAGAUACAGUCAUUGUGGAAAAAGCUGCGGAACUUGAAAAAAACAAGGAAACAAAAUCUAAUAGUGAUGGCAACAAUGAAGAAGGUGGGUCCAAAAGGAGGAAAGCUUUCCUGGACAUGCUGCUGAAUGCAACAGAUGAUGAAGGGAACAAAUUGAGCUACAGGGACAUUCGUGAGGAAGUGGAUACUUUUAUGUUUGAGGGCCAUGAUACAACAGCAGCUGCUAUGAACUGGACCCUAUACUUACUUGGAUGUAAUCCUGAAGCCCAGAAGAAAGUUCACAGAGAACUGGACGAGGUGUUUGGCAACACUGAGCGUCCUGUUACAAUGGACGACUUGAAGAAGCUUCGAUACCUUGAGUGUGUUGUGAAAGAAGCCCUUCGGCUCUUCCCUUCAGUUCCACUGUUUGCCCGUGCCUUAAGAGAGGAUUGCUGUAUUAGAGGCUAUCAAGUACCAAAAGGCACAAAUGUUAUUGUCGUAACUUAUGCCCUGCAUAGAGACCCCGAGAUCUUCCCUGACCCAGAGGAGUUCAGACCUGAGCGAUUCUUCCCUGAAAAUUGUAAGGGAAGGCACCCAUAUGCUUAUGUGCCAUUCUCAGCUGGUCCCAGGAACUGCAUUGGUCAGCGCUUUGCACAGAUGGAGGAGAAAGCUCUUCUAGCCCUCAUCCUGCGGCGCUUUUGGGUGGACUCAUGUCAAAAGCCAGAAGAGCUUGGUAUAACUGGGGAACUGAUUCUUCGUCCAAAUAAUGGCAUCUGGAUUAAGCUAAAGAGGAGGCCAAAUGCUGGAUCAGAAUGAGAGAAAAUUCAAGAUUUUAUUUUUCCUUCUAACCUUCCAACCUUAGAUAUGUUUUUAAAUCAGAUAUUUUGAUGGCAGUCCAGCACUUAAAUCAUUACUGGUUGUUUCAUUAAAAACGUAAUAGCCCAUAAUUGGUCUACUUUUCUAGUACAUGUGAACUUCAUGUUUAUCUCUGAAGUGCAAGUCUUUAAACAUCAAAUCUGAGUACCUUAUCCACUGGGAUGAAACUGUUCUAUUGCAACAAUGCAAAAAAACCUUAAAAAUGGUAGUAGUAAGAAUAAUGCCUGUGAUGGAGUUAUCUGGUGAUAUUCCAUUGUGUUUGUGAGGUAAUUGAUAAUCUCAAAUUUUGGGGCAGUUUUCAGGUUUCUUUGGUUCUGAAAGGUACAAGUGAUCAAUUCUUCUACUUGGCACAAAUUUUCUUCUGUUUUGGCUAUGACUGCAUCUAUGAAGACAAAGCAAAAAUAUCUGAUAAUUUCACUCCUCCUUUGUAAGCAUUUACAGUAUUUCUUAAGUACUGAGUCCUCUGAAUUAUUUCUUAGAAAAGUGUACUGUAAGCAUUAAUCCAUAUCAUCAUACUACGAACUUGUUAGUGUGCAAAUUACACACCGGAUUUCAUAAUGACAGAAACACUGUAUUAUAACAGAUUUUGAGAAUAAACUUCUAGUAUGCAUCAA